AUGGAUCAAUAUGAAAAUGGCAGCAACCAAUCUGGUGAAUUCAAAGCUGAGAAUGAACAAAUUCUGCACGAAGAAGAUAGUCACCACCCGACAGAAGAGGCAAAGCCAGAUUCACACCAUGUAAAGCCUGAAACUCACAUUCCCAGUCUGCUUAAUCUCGAUGAGAAAUUUCCCGAACAAAAUGGAGACAUUCCAGAUAAAGACUUGAAAAAAGAAGAAGCCUCGCCCAAAGACAGAGAAGAAGAUUUUGAUUUCGAAAAGAAGCUUCCAGAUAUUCCACAAGAUACUCUGAAAAAUGAAUCUGAUUCAUCGAUGAAGUUUUCCCCUGCACACUUUCAAGAUGAAGUAAGUCACGAUGAAGUUGAGCAUCCUCCAGCCGAAACUAAGAAAGAAGAACACUCAGAGGGAGAUGUCGAAGAGGAUGAAGAUGAAGUAGAAGAAGAAGAAGUUUUAGAACCUGAACAAGAAGUCAGUCACUGGAAACCACAGGAAGCGUCCCCUGAAGCUGUUGUCCCUAAAUCGGAAGAAAUUUUUACACCACCGUCUCAAAGUCAUCGCUCGCCUUCACCUGUUCCCGUGGAGGAACCCAAGCAUGAGACACUUUCUAAUAAGUCACCCGAAUCUCUCCCUGCUGCUGAAGAAAAGUCGUCGAUUUCUAAUGUUACUCCUAUUAGUCAAACCGAAACCAAGUCUCUUCAAGCCGAACCAGCUUCUUUGGUCGAGCUGGCCACUUUAGCCGAACCUACUACUAUUGCAGCCGAGCCCCUCAAAACGCGUUCUGUCAAGAGCACAAAGUCGGAUGGAACAGGAGGACACAGCUUUCUUGGUCGAUGGUUUGAUCUCUCGCGCCUUAAUAAUAAUGUUUUGGACUUGGUGCACUGGCGUGAUCCGCGUAAGAGCGGAAUUGUCCUUGGUGCUAUCCUGGCCAUCCUACUCUCGCUGUCUGUCGUCUCGGUCGUGUCCGUCAUUUCCUAUUCUGCAUUGGCCGUCUUGUCGGGCACCCUUUCUUUCCGACUCUACAAGAAUGUCCUGCAGGCCGUUCAAAAGACUCAAGAUGGACAUCCGUUCAAAGAAUACUUGGAACACGAUGUCACUGUUACCACGGAAAAGGUGCAUGAAGUGGCUGAUUUGACUGCCGCUAAACUGAAUGCCUCUUUGGUCGAGCUGCGCCGGUUGUUCCUGGUUGAAGACCUGGUGGACUCUGUCAAAUUCGCGCUCGUCUUGUGGUUGUUAACCUAUGUUGGUUCUUUGUUCAAUGGACUGACUCUGGUCAUCUUGGCCGUCGUGGGUCUUUUUACACUUCCCAAAGUGUACGAAACACACCAAGAAAAGAUCGAUCAGAAUCUUGACCUCGUGAAAGGCAAGAUCAACGAUGUUGUUGAUAAGGUUCAAGCUGUGCUGCCCAUCGGCAAGAAAGCCAAGAGCCAAUAAAUUUGAAAACUUAGAAUAGCGAGGCUUGUGUUUCGGCCCCGUCCUCGGUGUGCUUGGGUCAGUCGGGAUUCGGUAGACUUGACGAGAAGAAACCUUUACUAGUUCAUUUUCUCCUUUCUCUUAAUUGGUUGUGGCUGCUGCUGCUUUCUCUAUUUUUCUCAGACACUCGUUUGAAAGGGGCGAGCAGCAGGUCACAAUGAUACACUUUCCUUUUCCCUUCCUUUCCCCUCUAAUAAAUCCUUGGGCCCGUAGAUGAAGAUCCAUGAACAUCAUUUGCACUUGGGUAGUGCUCCAUAGCAAAAUUUCUUUCUUUAUCCAUCUCUUGUCGGACUUUGAAAUUCGGAAGGCGGUCGUGUAUUUUAAGAAGACGAUAUUUAAUAUGGGAGUUUGUCGGUGGUUUCAAACAAGUUAUUGAAAAACUCAAGAAAGCCACGGGCUAAUUUUUGAGUUUGCUCACCUAUAUUAUCCUCUUAUUAUAACUACUCUUUUUUUUUGUGUUGUUGUGUAACCGAAUCUCUCAACAAGUCUUCAAACAUCAUUUUAUUGUCUUGUGAACCAGUGUGUGGCUUGUCGACAUGCUAAAAUUUUGUCAGUCUCUCGAAUCUCGGUGCGAGCAGAGCUGUAGUAGUGUGUUGUUUUUCUUCUUUUGUCGUCAGCCUCUUACUCGAUACAACUCCCAAAUCAGAAUUUCAGACAGAAAAGUUAUUCGCGCUUCUCGUCCUGCUUUGGUGGCACUCAUGAGUUCCCUUUUUCCUAAAAUUUCUCUCUCCUCUAUCUACUCCCCCAAUAUUUCAGAUAAAAAUUUAUUGUUAUAUUUUUUAUUCUUUAAGAGCUGAAGGUAAAAAGCCUCUCUUUUUCUAUACUAAUAAUAUAUAGUAAUGCUCCUUGUCUGCUCUGUUCCCACCUAUUCCCGUCACACUUUGGAAAAUAAAUAUUCAACGUUCAACCGUG